GCAAAAAAACGGGGGCGGGGGCGGCAAGAGAUCCAGGUGUGGUGACAUGCGCCUGUAAUUCCAGCCCUCAGGAGGCUGAGGCAGGAGAAUCACAGCGAGUUCAAGGCCAGCCUGGGGCACACAGCGGAGCUCUAUCGCAAAGGAGUGGAAGAGCUGACCACUUCCUCCUGCUUUCCCCAGUGAUCCUUGGAAUCUCAGUCCCAGGAGCCCAGAAUGACCCGUGACGAGGCCCUGCCAGAUUCUCACUCCGCCCAAGGCUUCUACGAGAACUAUGAUCCCAAAGAGAUCCUGGGCAGGGGCGUCAGCAGCGUGGUCCGGCGCUGCAUCCACAAGCCCACGUGCCAGGAGUAUGCCGUGAAGAUCAUUGACGUCACCGGCGGGGGCAGCUUCAGCCCAGAGGAGGUGCAGGAGCUGCGGAAGGCCACGCUGAAGGAGGUGGACAUCCUACGCAAGGUCUCGGGACACCCCAACGUCAUCCAGCUGAAGGACACUUACGAGACCAACACCUUCUUCUUCCUGGUGUUUGACCUGAUGAAGAGGGGUGAGCUCUUCGACUAUCUCACUGAGAAGGUCACCCUGAGCGAGAAGGAAACCAGGAAAAUUAUGAGGGCCCUGCUGGAGGUGAUCAGCGCCCUGCACAAGCUCAACAUCGUGCACCGGGACCUGAAGCCCGAGAACAUCCUCUUGGAUGACAACAUGAACAUCAAGCUCACCGACUUCGGCUUCUCCUGCCAGCUGGAGCCAGGAAAGAAGCUGCGAGAGGUCUGUGGGACCCCCAUCUACCUGGCCCCCGAAAUCAUCCAGUGCUCCAUGAACGAUGACCACCCAGGCUACGGGAAGGAGGUGGACAUGUGGAGCACAGGGGUGAUCAUGUACACCCUGCUGGCCGGCUCCCCGCCCUUCUGGCACCGAAAGCAGAUGCUCAUGCUGAGGAUGAUCGUGAGCGGCAGCUACCAGUUCGGCUCCCCGGAAUGGGAUGAUUACUCGGAUACCGUGAAGGAUCUGGUCUCGCGCUUCCUGGUGGUGCGCCCCGAGAACCGCUGCACGGCAGACGAGGCCCUGGCGCACCCCUUCUUCCAGCAGUACGUGGUGGAGGAGGUGCGGCGCUUCAGUCCCCGCGGGAAGUUCAAGGUCAUCGUGCUGACGGUGCUGGCCUCGGUGCGAAUCUACUACCAGUACCGCCGCGCCAAGCCGGUGAGCAGAGAGAUCGUGAUCCGGGACCCCUACGCCCUGCGGCCCCUGCGCCGCCUCAUCGACGCCUAUGCCUUCCGCAUCUAUGGGCACUGGGUGAAGAAGGGGCAGCAGCAGAACCGUGCCGCGCUGUUCGAGAACACGCCCAAGGCUGUGCUGCUGUCGCUGGCCGAGGGGGAGGAGGACUUCUGAUGGGGGGCUCCAGGGACAGAGGGAGGGGACGACGCGAAGGCUCCCCAUGUACACCCUGGGGAGGCGAGGUCCCCGCCGCUGCGUCCCCCCUCGGCUCUGUUGCGGGGGGGCCUCUUCCCCAGGGUCCCGGGAGAGGACAGAAGACGGAAAUGUCUGCCACACGACUGCGAGAGAUGCAGUGCCCUGUGGUCCCGGGCACAGUCAGAGGCACGGGAGCCCUGCGCCAUGACCAGCCCGGGAAGCUUCGGUGUUUCCUCCGCGAGUACUGCUGACUCGGUGCGUUACUUGGUUCUCCCAGACCCCUGAAUUCCGAGACAGGUUCUCGACAGAGGGGACACCGCAGACAGGCAAGUGAGGGGCACUCCUUCUUUCCAUAACAGUUUGCUAGGAAGCUGGGCAUGAUGGCGCACGCCUGUAGUCCCAGCCCUCAGGAGGCUGAGGCAGGAAGAUCACA